AGUCUGGCAACUCCAGCUUUAUUGUGCAUGCCUCCAGUUGGGAUUUUUCCAGUUCAACAAGUUAUAUCAAUAAAAUUGCCCUGUUUGUCCAGCCACAUAUGAUUAUAUAUGUAAAAUUGACUAAAAACUUGCAUGACUCAACCAAGAUACCGCAGAGUGCAGUCGUUGUGGCAAGAUGAACGCGGCAGCGGAAGGCAGAGCCAGUGAAAGCCCAACGAGAUCGGGCCGCGAGGACAACUCAGUGCCAAUAAGACUAUUGCCGGAGCCUGUGCGACAGGAGCUGUGCGAGCACUUGGACUCUCUGGACGUGUGGCAGCAGCUGGCCGCCUUUGUGAAACUGUAUCCCAGUGAUGUGCAGCACAUACGCAACCAGAGCACACGCGGCCGCUCCCCCUCAAUGGAGUUCCUGAACAUCUGGGGCGGGCAAUACAAUCACACGGUCUACAAUCUGUUUGCGCUCUUCCACAAAAUGAAACUGCACAAUGCCAUGCGCAUUAUCAAGGAUCACGUUGAUGACAAAUUCCAUAAAUACAUUCCGCGCAGCAUGCCCACAAUCAGUGAGCUGCGUGCACCGCCCAGCACAAGCUCCAAGAUCAAUAAUGGACCACCGUAUGCCUCGUCGUCAGGCGUCACAGACGACAGCAAUAUGAAUAGCAAUAGCCUCGAAUCUCCGGGCGAUAUUCGCGUGAGCAGCGUGCAGCGCGCUGCUCAAUCCUUGUUGGAAAUCGACUAUGAGGAGCUUGUGAUAGCCACCGAAAACUGGCGGCCAGAGAACAAAUUGGGCAACGGAGGCUUCGGUGAGGUCUUCAAGGGCGAAUGGAAACAGCUCGAAGUGGCCAUUAAGGCGAUGAACUACAUCCACAAGCACAAUGACAAGACCCAAGUACACCUACAGCAGAGCUACAAUGAGCUGAAGUAUCUGAAUACCAUACGACAUGACAAUAUUCUAGCGCUCUAUGGGUACAGCAUCAACGGGGAGAAGCCCUGCCUCGUUUAUCAGCUGAUGAAGGGCGGAUCGCUGGAUUCGCGACUCAGAGUGCACAAGUCGAAGCAGCCUUUCGCGCCGUUGACCUGGCAGCAGCGCCUCUGCAUAGCCCUGGGCACAGCCAAAGGCAUCUACUUUUUGCACACGGCACGCAGCAAGCCGCUCAUCCAUGGCGACAUCAAGCCCGCGAAUAUAUUGUUGGAUCAGUGCCUGCAGCCCAAGAUUGGCGACUUUGGCCUGGCACGCGAGGGUCCCAAGUCCAUCGAUGCGGUCAUAGAAGUACGGCAGGUCUUUGGCACCCGCAUCUACUUGCCGCCCGAGUUUCUCACAUCCAAGAAGCUAAGCACUGGCGUGGACAUCUAUAGCUUUGGCGUUGUCCUGCUCGAGGUGUUCACUGGCCGCCUCAUGGCCGAGUGCACGCUCCAAAAUGAUCAACAAAACUUGCUCAAAUACGUCAAGGCCAAAUGCCUGCAGCCGCAACAGAAUCGCCUGGAUCUCUUCGACAAGCAUCUGGUCACGCCCAUGGGCGAUGAGCUGGACAAGUGCUUGUGUGCCAUAGAAGUCGGCCUCAAGUGUGCUGCAUCCAAUCCGCAGGACAGACCCUCCAUGGACGAGGUUGUCAGAUGCUUCAAGACCUUUAGCUCUGAAUCUUAAAUAUGAACAUUCACAAGUAGCACUCCAAUAUACAUUCUUAUUAUAUUUUAUUUUUAUACCUUUUAUA